AUGUCCACAUUCUUUGAUGAAAUGCAAAAGUCAUUUGCCGACGUGAAAAUCACCGACGGUAAGAUCGACACCUCAGAUUUCUUACAAGCUUCCGAGUCACUUGUCAAAUUAUUUGAUUUAUUAGGAUCAACUGCAUUUGUUGUUGUGCAAAAUGAUAUGAAUGGUAACAUAGCCAAGAUCCGUAAAAAAUUAUUGGAAGACCCGGCCAACGCAUCCACUUUACAAGAUUUGAUUCUAACUGAAUCGAAAACCAAGACCAAGACUGCCACUCAGGGGUUAUUAUGGUUAUCACGAGGUUUACAAUUCACAGCACAAGCAAUGAGAGAAACUAUUGAUCAACAAACUAAAGAAUUGACUACUACUUUUACUGAUGCUUAUAGUAAAACUUUGUCAAAGUAUCAUGGUAUGUUCGUUAAACCAGUUUUCAAACUUGCCAUGCAAGCAUGCCCUUAUAGAAAGGAUUUCUUUGCUAAGUUGGGAGCUGAUCAAACCAAAGUUGCUGAGCAGUUGAAGGUUUGGUUGGAAGCUUUGGAGAAGAUUGUCAAGAUUAUUUUUGACUUUUUUGCAUCGGGAAACUAUGGUAAGGGAUUAUAA